AGUUAACAUUUUCGACAACCCUACGAUUUUGUUUUGCGCGUCGCACGUUCCACGUUCGUCUGGUCAGAUUUGCGAGGAGUAGAUGCGAACGAGCGAGGUGGCGAGGUAGCUGUAAGCUGUGUGUAACAAUUACCGAACAAAGCAAUGCGCCUGGCGAAAAUUGAAUAAAUAAAAGCAUUAAAGGUGUGUGACAAUCACUCAACUCUCCGGCCAGGACAGAAGAAGAAGCGCCAGCAUUAGCCAGGGGCUGUGCCAGUGAGCUAGAGAGAGCAAAAGAGAGAGAGAGAGGACGAAAGUAGCCAGGUGUUUACAUCCUGCUCUCGCCGUUUUGUGGGUGUGUGUGCGUGUGCGUGUUCGCGAACAACAAAAACAACAACAACAACAAAAGAUAGUGCAAUAAAUAUAUUUAAAUUUUUAUUUAUUUAUUUUUUUAAAUUUUUUCGCUGUGCUGCCCCCACGUGCGAUAAAAGUUUUUUCUGCCAACCCGACUCCCGACUCGGCCGACAACGGCCUGCGAACCUGGCCCAAAAAACUACACAUACUCCAAGCUCCAAGCGCACCGAGCAGAAAGCGGAAAACACGCGAAUUCCAAACCAAAAUUAGUCCGUCAGAGAAAAAAUAAAAGCAAUCAGCUACAACAUCAUGGCUCCGGCUCUGAGCAAACUGGCCAACAACCAAAGCGCCAUCGUCGGCGUGGCGGGCAUGACGGCCGCCCUCUGGAUAAUUGCCUACGGAAAGAUGUCCAACAAAAAGCGAAAAUCUGGCUACGAGGACAAAAUCCAGUACACAAUCGCCGAGAAGAAGGAGAAGAAGGCGGGCAAGGCCCAUGUGAACUCAGUAUUCUUCAAACAGCUCCGUCAGCUGCUCCCCAUACUCAUCCCGGGUUUCUGGAGCAUAGAGACGGGCCUGCUGCUCCUGGUGGCCGCCUCUCUGGUUGGCCGCUCCGUGAGCGACAUUUGGAUGAUCCAGAACGCGACUGUGGUGGAGAGCACCAUCAUUCACAUGAACCGCACCAAGUUCAAGACGGCGCUGCUCAAAUACCUGACAGCCCUGCCAGCGAUCUCCGUGGUCACCAACGUCCUGAAAUGGAGUCUGGGCGAGCUGAAGCUGCGCUUCCGCACAAACCUCACCCAUCACCUGUACAGCCAGUACCUAAACGGCUACACGUACUAUAAGAUGUCCAACCUGGACAACAGGAUAGCCAAUGCCGACCAGCUGCUGACCACCGACAUCGACAAGUUCUGCGAAAGUGCCACGGACCUCUACUCGAACAUCAGCAAGCCGGUGCUGGACAUAUUCAUCUACGUGUACCGACUGACGGUGAACCUGGGUGGCAAGACGCCCUCGAUCCUGAUGCUCUACCUGCUCUUCGCCGGAGUCUUCCUGACGCGUCUCCGCCGUCCCACCGGCCGACUCACCGUCGAGGAGCAGAAGCUGGAGGGCGAGUUCCGUUACGUGAACAGCCGUCUGAUCACCAACUCCGAGGAGGUGGCCUUCUACCAGGGCAAUGUCCGCGAGAAGCUGACCCUCCUGGCCAGCUACUCCAAGCUGCGCUCGCACCUGCGCAAGUUCCUCGAGUUCCGCGUCAGCAUGGGCAUCAUCGACAACAUCAUAGGCAAAUACUUUGCCUCCAUCGUGGGCUUCUACGCCGUGUCCAUUCCCUUCUUUGCCGACAACCAUCCGCUGCUGUCCGGCGAGCAAAGCGGACAGCGCCUCCAGGCCUACUACACCUACGGCCGUAUGCUGGUCAAGCUGGCUGAGGCCAUUGGCCGCCUGGUGCUGGCGGGACGCGAGAUGUCCCGCCUGGCCGGCUUCACCGCCAGGAUGACCGAGCUGAUCAAGGUUCUUGGCGACCUGAACAAGGGCACAUACGAGCGCACCAUGGUCAACGGCAACAACAUCACCCAGAGCCUGGGCGCCGCCGCCGGCAGCAGCUUCGGGCCCAACAAGGGCAUCAUGUGCUUCGAGGACAACAUCAUUCGCUUCGAACAGGUGCCCCUGGUCACGCCCAACGGGGACGUGCUCCUCAAGGAGCUGACCUUCGAAGUGAAAUCGGGAACCAAUGUCCUGGUUUGUGGACCAAACGGUUGUGGCAAGUCUUCGCUGUUCCGCAUCCUGGGCGAGCUGUGGCCCACGUGGGGCGGCAAGGUGACGAAGCCUUCGCGAGGCAAGCUCUUCUACAUACCUCAGAGGCCUUACAUGACGCUGGGCACUUUGCGCGAUCAGAUUAUCUACCCGCACACACGCGAGGACAUGCGCCGGAUGGGCCAGAGCGACGAGGAUCUCAUGCACUACCUGGACAUCGUGCAGCUGACGUACUUGGAGCAGCGCGAGAACGGACUGGAUGCGAUUGAGGACUGGAUCGACGUGCUGUCCGGCGGCGAGAAGCAGCGCGUGGCCAUGGCCAGGCUAUUCUAUCACCGUCCCCAGUUUGCCAUCUUGGACGAGUGCACCAGCGCCGUGUCCGUGGACGUAGAGGGCAAGAUGUACAGCUACUGCCGCGAGGUGGGCAUCACGCUCUUCACCGUCUCGCACCGCAAGUCGUUGUGGGCGCACCACGACUACUACCUGCAGUUCGACGGACGGGGCAGUUACGAGUUUGCGGCCAUCGACCAGGAGAAGGAGCACUUUGGCUCGUAAGGCUCCUGUCAGCUCCUUUCUCCCCUGAGGGUCUUCGCCUCCAACCCAGUUUCUAUGUCCUAUAACUCCGGUGCUGACGACUCCUGUUCCCCGUCAUCCACACGUUAGUCAUUCCACUGCAACACCUGCGACAUCUGGUGCUCUGUUUGGACCGGAGAUAUUUGUAUAUAUGUAAUCCCAAGUUGGAGAAACCUUUUUUGUUUAUUAGCUUCUUUAUGUGAUUUUGUUUCUCCCAAUGCCCAAUGCCCGAUACCCAAUAUCCUACACCCGAUACCGGAUACCAGUUAUCCGCUAACGCUAGCUAUUCCAUUUUUUAUUCCACUUAAAUAUAGUUCCCAGGCCCUGUCUCCUGCGCCGCUGGGCUUUUGAAUAGAGUGCAGCUUGAGCGACGAGCUGCUGGUGUUUAGAAAUGUAAGCAUCGACGUGGAGCGGACAUAGCGAACCUUUUAGAAAAUUUAUACAAGAUUAUACACAAUACAAUUAUAAAUAAUAACUACAUCUUUAACACCUAGCCUUACGCGACGCACAAGCCCCUCCAAGAAGCCUUGGCGCGUUCGAGAGCUUUUUUUUUAGUAAUUUGUAAAGUACGCUGGCUAAUUAUCCUGUUUUGUAUUUUCGGUUGAAUUGGACUUUGUAAUGGUAGCCUUGCACGGCGCCGAGCGGUUGCGUAUACAAUUGUAAUAUCUCGCGGCUAGUGCAAGGCGCAAUAAAUGUAUAUAAAUAUCAAAAAAA